CAACACGAAAGAGGGUGAGUGAGUAAUGUGCGUGCGAUUUUCACUACGACUGGGGCUAGUGUGUUGUUCUGUGUUUCGCGAUGCGGUGUUCUUAUUAAAUUAUAAGUUUAAACGGGAUUUCUGUUAAUAGUCUCGAACGUUAUUCAAUUUGAUCGGCUACGGUGGUUUCGAAUAGAUUGAGAACGUUUGCAGGAGAUUUUGUUAAUCGGGCUACGAAUCGGCAAAAAUGCCUUAGCAUGCAAGUGGUGACCUAGAAUAUGACCUAUCGGGGGAAUUUCUGCGGUGGCUCCUGCACGGAAGAGCAAAGUGAAAAAUUGUGUUUGUUUUUUGAUCGGGAAAGGAUUACAACUCGCUUUCGGAUAUAGUGGAACGGAAUCUUUGAGGUAAACGGGCAAGGUCGCAUUGGACAGAGUCCCGUCGAUAUUACCUACAAAUUCAGAGCGAAAAAAACGGCUCCGGAAUUUUGCUUUGUUGUUGCUGUGUUAUUGAUCGGUUCCGGAGAAGGUGAUUCUGUCGCACUGCAACUGCAAGGGGUAAACAAUGGCUGCCUACCCGGAAUAUGGAUAUCUGGCCGGAGCGGACGAACUGAAUAACGAAGAUGGCGCUUGCUGCCGUUUGCGGAUCAAAGUCAUUGCUGGUCAUCAGUUAGCUAAGAAGGACAUUUUUGGUGCUAGCGACCCGUACGUCCGGAUCGAUCUGAACACCAUUGCUGGGGAUGAAAACAUCGACUCGGUGCUGACGAAGACCAAAAAGAAAACGCUUAACCCCCGGUGGGACGAAGAGUUCAUCUUCCGGGUGAAACCGAACGAGCACAAGCUGGUCUUUCAGGUGUUCGACGAGAACCGGCUGACGCGGGAUGACUUUCUCGGUAUGGUGGAGCUGACGCUGUCCCAGCUACCGAAGGAGACUGCCGACGGGAGUCCGGUGCCGAACAAAAGCUAUCCACUGCGGCCGCGCAGGUCAGUAGGUGCCCGAUCGAAGGUGCGCGGUCAGCUGGAUCUGUAUCAUGCCUAUGUUCAGGAUUUGAAUGCAUCCGGGGAAGCCGAUUGGGAAAUCAUUGAAUCGAAUAAUUCAAUCUCAAGUAGUUCGAAUAUGGCCAGCGGUGGUGGAGCAAUCGACGUGCUACCAUCCGGAUGGGAGGAACGGCAAGACGCCAACGGACGUACUUACUAUGUCAAUCACCUGGCCCGAUCUACUCAAUGGGAGCGACCUACUGCCGUCCUUACACAAUCAUCACAGGACAACGACAUGGCGGCUGCCUUCCAAAGACGUGUUCAUAUCAGUGUGGACGAUAACAUAACGGGUACCGACAACACGGGUUCCGAUAGCGAUAUGCCCAGUUUGGUUACCGAGGAAGAGGAACAGGAACAGGAGCAAGAGCAGGAAGACGUUGCUGUCGAUCGGCAGGAGGGAGGUCGGCAGCAAGUCACUCGCAGUGAAACGGUUGAUUCACAAUCGUCGCCAGUCGUCGAAGCUGAGGCUGGUGGCCGCAAUGUCACUGAUGUCACUGAAGAAAUGGCAUUGGAACAUCCGGGGGACGAUGCUACCGUGGUCGAUGUGCUGGACCUUGAUUUGAACUUGGACGAGCAAGAGGCGAGCUCGGUUAGUCUCAGCUCGGAACAGGCAGCAAUUCGUCUUGAUGCUUCGUUGAACAAUUCAGUCAACUCGUUGGCGAUGAUGAGCGCAGCUGUCCCCACGAGCGACGAACCGGUGAUGCUCCGGUCGGAUUCGUUACGUUCGCUGCCGACCGUUCGGGUCAGUUCACCGCCGCUCCUGCCGGCAGCAUUGGUUCGUAGUCCAACACGAGUGGCUUCGAUGGCGAACCCUUCUCUGGCCGGCAUUAGUCGAAGAAGAAGACUUCCACCCCUACGAGCUUCAGUUUUGCCCCGUCAAGUAACCGUCGAACAAGAGGAAGCGCCUCCCCUGCCGCAAAACAUUGCCGGACUGAGCGAAGAUGGUCCCAGCGGAGAGGAUAUGGAUCACGCAACGCAGAAUCGAAUUCUGCAGCAUUUAAGCGAUGCUAGUCGCCGCUCCUCGAGCCGUUCGUCAAUCGGUAGUGACAGCAGUACUCGUGGUGCUAUUUCCGCUGGCGGUGGUGUGACCGCAAUAGGACCAGGAGCCGAGGAUGAAGCCGAUAGUGGUGGUGGUGGUGGUGGAGUUGGAGUUUCUGUGGAUUCAAGACGUAUAUCCAGCAACAACAACAACGACACGACCGACGAUCGCUCCUCGACACGUUCCUCUACCUCCAACGAGAACGAUUCAUCCAGCAGUAGUCCAGCCGGAACGGAAGCCGUUCUCCCAUCGGGAUGGUCUAUGCAGCUUGCACCGAACGGGAGAGUGUUUUUCAUCGAUCACAACGAGAAGAAGACUUCGUGGGUUGAUCCGCGAACCGGUCGAGCUAGUCCGAUGCCUAACACACCGAACAAUUCCACAAUCAAUGACUCGAGGCGACCGGAGGAUGGUUUGGCGCCAUUGCCUGAAGGUUGGGAGGAACGUGUGCAUACCGAUGGAAGGAUUUUCUUCAUCGAUCACAACACAAGGACCACUCAGUGGGAAGAUCCACGACUUUCGAUGCCCAAUGUGGCCGGUCAGGUGGUUCCUUACUCCAGAGAUUACAAGCGAAAGUACGAGUACCUUAAGGGACAGCUGCGGAAACCGGCUAAUGUUCCGAAUAAAAUCGAGAUCAAAGUCCGCCGGGCGUCCAUUCUGGAGGACUCCUACCGGAUCAUCAAUUCAAUCACCAAGGUUGACCUGCUGAAGACGAAAUUGUGGAUCGAGUUCGAGGGUGAAGCCGGUCUGGACUACGGCGGACUUGCCCGGGAGUGGUUCUAUCUGCUGUCGAAAGAGAUGUUCAAUCCCUACUACGGAUUGUUUGAAUACUCAGCUAUGGACAACUACACGCUACAGAUCAAUCCUUUCAGUGGGUUAUGCAAUGAGGACCAUCUUCACUACUUCCGAUUCAUCGGACGAGUGGCGGGGAUGGCCGUCUACCAUGGCAAACUGCUGGAUGCGUUCUUCAUACGGCCAUUCUACAAAAUGAUGCUCCAGAAAGCGAUCGACCUGAAGGACAUGGAGGCCGUCGAUAUGGAGUACUACAAUUCGCUGCUCUGGAUCAAGGAGAACGACCCGAGCGAACUGAUGCUGACGUUCUGCGUCGACGAGGAAACGUUCGGGUACACCAGCCAGCGGGAACUGAAACCCAACGGGGCAAACAUUGAGGUGGCGAAUGAGAACAAAGACGAGUACAUCAAACUGGUGAUCGAGUGGCGCUUCGUGGCACGGGUCAAGGAUCAGAUGCAGGCUUUCCUGGACGGGUUCGGUCAAAUCGUUCCACUCAAUCUGCUUAAAAUAUUCGAUGAGAACGAACUGGAACUGCUGAUGUGCGGCAUCCAGAGUAUAGACGUGAAGGAUUGGAAGCGGAACACGUUGUACAAGGGUGACUAUUUCGCAAAUCACGUCAUCAUUCAAUGGUUCUGGCGGGCGGUGCUUUCGUUUUCGAACGAGAUGCGAGCGCGUCUGUUACAGUUCGUAACCGGAACGAGUCGGGUUCCGAUGAACGGAUUCAAAGAGCUUUACGGUUCGAACGGGCCGCAAAUGUUUACCAUCGAGAAGUGGGGAACGCCAGAGAACUAUCCUCGGGCGCACACUUGUUUCAAUCGCUUGGAUUUACCCCCAUACGAAAGCUACCUGGCACUGAAAGAUCGCUUGGUGAAGGCUAUUGAAGGUAGCCAAGGAUUCGCAGGAGUGGACUAAACCCACGAUCGAUGUUUAAUUGUGCAGUGUCUGUAAAUAUCUAAACCCAAACCGUUACAUCAUCACUUGACCCCUAGAACCAGCAACCAUUCUCGGAGUAGUCCUCCACUAUCCUCAACCGUUAAAAAAACUCUUUUUUCUGAUUUAGAUAUCAAUAAAAAAACACAUGACAAUCUUGCGCUAUAUCAAGUGCAUGCAGACGACAUUCGGACGUUAUCCUCUAGCUGCCAAAUCAAACCUCUGUGCCGUAGUUUUCGAUAACCUACUAGAAGCUGUAUUACCUGCAUAGUAAAACUUGUGCACCCAACGAGGGCUACGAGUGAACGUUGUAAUGAUAAGCACCAUUGUUUUCUCGCGUCGUUAUCAUGCCUUAGCUGAGAGCCAUUUAUAUUUAGAAACAAGUGUGGCCUCUGUCUCUGGGAGGGCCAAAAUUUUUUGAUUGUGUAUUCGAAUGUUGAACAUUGUUUUUGAAUGUUACUAAAUCCAUUUAACUGUUUCGAAACUCGGUUACUCUGCUACAUAGUUAUUAAUAGGCUAAUCUGAACAAAAACAAAGCAGUUCGAAUCGUUUAUAUUAUCAAAAAGCUUAACUUAUCGAGAGGGCUGGUCAGAAAGCCAAAAUAGAAAACGACGACAACUUAUGGUUACUUCAAACUGAGUGAGGAUUAUCGUGUAAAGAACACCUGAUAAAAACAUCCGAUUACCGGACAGAUGUGAAGGAAUUUCUUUAGGUGCAGGUACCCGGAACACUCCGACGACCGAGGUUCACUUCUUCACAGACGUGGCAGCGGUGCAAUCGAUGUGCGAAGAUCGAGAGAUUUGAUAGAAAUUGGACGAGGAGGAGAGCGCAAAACAGUGAACAGAAGCGGGAAAAUCAAAGAAAUGAUACUUUAUAUAGUUAAAUAUUAAAAAAAGUAUUUUUAAUUCUUAUGUGAUAAGAAUGUAAUAAAAAUGGUGACACCAUCUA